CUCGCCCCGACGACUCAUAUUUUCCUCCAAAUGAGCAUCCACAUUCAAUAUGUCCAAAAUGGUUCCGUAUUCAUUUCCCGACCUACCGUAGUGGGCCAACGGCUUCGCACAGAAAAGGAUUGUCGAUAGCUGCCGGUUUUGUGACCGAUCAUCUUUAAUAUGGCAAGAUCGCAGGAGCCGCUUGGGUAAUGAGAGCGAAAUUCAGAUUAACCCAGUCCUGAUAUACACGUCUUCAAGGAGGCCUGUUUACAUCCACGGCGCCAAGAACCCUGUAGCAUCCUUCCAAUUCCCCACAUCACUGCUUGACUUUUCCUGUCCUGGGUUCCUCCGUCAUGUCAAGCCCUAGUAGCAGCCCAGAGAGAGAGGGAGGGAUGGCAGGUUCUGUUCAGCUGGAAGACCUCAACUCGCCUCCCGGACUGGAAACUGACCCUCCUUUAGCUGGCAGCCCAGUGCUCAGUCCGGAUUCCAGUUCCCAUGAUGCUGCGCUCUCUGCCACGGCGGCCUCCCCAGCUGACUCCGAGAACCUCAGUCCAGAUGAGCUUGAGCUUCUGGCUAAACUGGAGGAACAGAACAGGUUGCUAGAAGCAGAUUCCAAAUCCAUGCGCUCAAUGAGUGGAUCUCGGAGGAAUAGUGGCUCCUCUCUGGUGUCAAGCUCAUCUGCAUCUUCUAACCUGUCCCAUCUGGAAGAAGACACUUGGAUCCUGUGGGGACGGAUUGUCAAUGAGUGGGACGAGUGGAGACGAAAGAAAGACAAACUUCUGAAGGAGCUAAUAAGGAAAGGCAUUCCUCAUCAUUUCCGAGCAAUCGUUUGGCAGUUAUUAUGUAAUGCCACUGACAUGCCAGUAAAGAAUCAGUACUCUGAACUCUUAAAGAUGUCCUCACCCUGUGAAAAACUCAUACGCAGAGAUAUUGCCCGCACAUAUCCAGAGCACGACUUCUUCAAAGGCCAGGACAGCCUGGGACAGGAAGUUCUGUUUAAUGUCAUGAAGGCAUAUUCUCUUGUGGAUCGUGAGGUUGGUUAUUGUCAGGGCAGUGCAUUCAUCGUAGGAUUGCUACUUAUGCAGAUGCCGGAGGAGGAGGCCUUCUGUGUGUUUGUCAGACUAAUGCAGGAGUACAGGCUUAGAGAGUUGUUUAAACCCAGCAUGGCUGAGCUGGGUCUAUGCAUCUACCAGUUUGAACACUUGCUACAGGAGCAGUUGCCGGAGCUGAACGUUCAUUUCCGCUCUCAGAGUUUCCAUACGUCUAUGUAUGCCUCGUCCUGGUUUCUUACACUCUUCCUCACCUUCCUGCCCCUGCCAAUAGCUACACGUAUCUUUGACAUCUUUAUGUAUGAGGGUUUGGAGAUCAUAUUCCGAGUUGGAAUAGCGAUAUUGCAGUACAACCAGACAGACCUCAUACAGCUAGACAUGGAGGGAAUGUCACAGCACUUUCAGAAGGUGAUUCCGCAUCAGUUUGAUAGCUGCCCGGAUAAGCUGAUCCUACGGGCUUAUCAAGUCAAAUACAAUCCCAAAAGAAUGAAAAAGUUAGAAAAGGAAUAUACCACUAUCAAGAACAAAGAGAUGGAGGAACAGAUUGAAAUUAAGAGACUACGUACAGAAAAUAGACUACUGAAGCAGAGGAUUGAGACACUGGAAAAAGAGAGUGCUGCAUUAGCAGACAGGUUGAUUCAGGGUCAGGUUACACGAGCCCAGGAGGCAGAGGAGAACUAUGUUAUUAAGCGUGAACUGGCUGUGGUUCGGCAGCAGUGUAACACAGCCAGUGAGAGUCUGGAGAAGGCGCAGGACACCAUACGUGAACUUCAGCAACACAAGUAUACAGAGGAGUUUGUGAGUGGGCUGCAGACUCAGUUGGAACGGUCUCGUUUACAGGAGGCAGAACUACUCGGUGCUCUGAAAGAAAUGCAGGACAAAGUGCUCGAUCUGGAAAAGAGGAACAGCUCUCUGCCUGAUGAAAUCAAUGUAGCUCAGCUGCAGGAGGAGCUGAAGCUUGUGAAACUGAGAGAGCAGGAGACUCUGCGCUCCUUCAGAGAGAUGCAAGAGGCCGUUACUGAUCUCAACCACUGCUGGCAGCAUCAUACGUCUCGUGGAGGAGGAGGAGGCCACUGGAAAGAAUCUCCUAAAAAGAAUGCGAUGAAUGAGCUACAGGACAAACUGAUGAGUUUGAGACUGCGAGAGGCUCAGGGUCAAGCUGAACUCAAAGAGGUCAAACUUAAAAACCUGCAGCUUGAAAGCCAGAACCAGAUCAACUGUAAACUAGUUGUCAGACAUGAGCAAGAGAGUGCCAGCCUGCAGGAGAGACUGCAGAAUGCUCUUUCUCACAACAAAACACUACAAAGCCAGCUCAACGAAAUGAAGAGAAAGAUGGCGGAGUCUGACUGCAAGAGCAAAGAAGAGGUGAUGGCGGUCCGUCUAAGAGAAGCUGACUGCAUGGCCGCUAUGGCUGAACUCCGACAAAAGAUAGCCGAGCUAGAAAUACAGAAAGAGGAAGGAUUGAUCCAAGGCCAGCUGAAUCACUCAGACUCCAGACAGUAUAUAACUCAACUGAGAGAGCAGAUCGCUGAACUCAAAAACGAGGUGAGGCUUCAAAAGAUUCCCAUGAUUCCAAGUUACUACACAAACCUGGUUUCUCCUCUUCUUAAAAUGGCAUUUAUCCCAUGGUAUUAUAGUGCUUUUCUUGGCACUUGGGACCUUCCCUAA